CCGCCGCCGGGGGUGUGGUGAGCCAAUGGGAUCGAGAGCGAUAGAAAGAGCGGAGAGGCGACCGAAGGAACAGUGUUCCUUUGAGAGGACCGGAGUGAGAACUUCUCAGCAGCGGCCCGCGCCGCGGACGAAACCAUGAAGCUGAACAUCGACGGGCUGCUGGUGCUCUUCCCGCACGACUACAUCUACCCCGAGCAGUUCUCCUACAUGCUGGAGCUGAAGCGGACGCUGGACGCCAAGGGCCACGGGGUGCUGGAGAUGCCCUCGGGCACCGGGAAGACCAUCUCCCUCCUGGCGCUCAUCCUGGCCUACCAGCGCGCUUACCCGCUGGAGGUGACCAAGCUCAUCUACUGCUCCAGGACCGUCCCGGAGAUUGAGAAGGUGAUUGAGGAGCUGCGGAAGCUGGUGCACUUCCACGAGAAGCAGACGGGGCAGAAGCUGCCCUUCUUGGGCUUGGCCCUCAGCUCCAGGAAGAACCUGUGCAUCCACCCCGAGGUGAGCAGCCUGCGCUUCGGGAAGGAGGUGGACAGCAAGUGCUUCAGCCUGACCGCCUCGUACAUCCGGGCUCAGCACCAGCAGGAUGGCAGUCUUCCCUCUUGCCGCUUCUUUGAGGAAUUCGAUGCCAACGGUCGCCAGGUGCCUCUUCCUUACGGCGUCUAUAACUUGGAUGACCUGAAGGCCUACGGUCAGCAGAAGGGCUGGUGCCCCUACUUCCUUGCCCGCUACUCGAUCCUCCACGCCAACAUCGUGGUCUACAGUUACCACUAUCUCCUCGAUCCCAAAAUUGCGGACGUGGUCUCCAAGGAGCUGGCCAAGAAAUCGGUGGUGGUUUUCGAUGAGGCUCAUAACAUCGACAACGUCUGCAUCGACUCCAUGGGGGUCAACAUCACCCGGAAGGUCCUGGAUCGCUGCCAGGGGAACGUGGCCACGCUCCAGGCCGCCAUUCACAGGAUCAAGGAAACCGACGCCCAGAAGCUGAAGGAGGAAUAUCAGCAGCUGCUGCAGGGGUUGCGGGAGGCCAACGUCGCCCGGGAAACAGACGUCUAUUUGGCCAACCCGGUGCUGCCGGACGAGAUCCUGCAGGAGGCCGUGCCGGGCAACAUCCGGACAGCGGAGCACUUUGUGGCCUUCCUGAAGCGCCUCCUGGAGUACCUGAAGUCCCGGCUGCGCAUCCACCACGUGGUCCAGGAGAGCCCCCCGUCCUUCCUGAAGGACAUCUUUGAGAAGGUCUGCAUUGAGCGGAAGCCCCUCCGGUUCUGUGCCGAGCGGCUGCGCUGCCUCCUGCGCACGCUGGAGAUCGCGGACAUCUCCGACUUCUCACCCAUCACCCUCAUCUCCAACUUCGCCACCUUGGUCAGCACUUACUCCAAGGGUAGGGAGGCUCUUCAGCCAGCCGGCCGGCAAACCGGGGCCUUCUCUUCCAGCUGCAUGGACGCCUCCAUCGCCAUCAAGCCCGUCUUUGAGCGGUUCCAGACGGUCAUCAUCACCUCGGGAACCCUUUCCCCCCUUGACAUGUACCCCCAAAUCCUGGACUUCCGGCCGGUGACCAUGGCCACCUUCACCAUGACCCUUGCCCGGACCUGCCUCUGCCCCAUGAUUGUGGGCCGAGGGAAUGACCAGGUGACCAUCAGCUCCAAGUUCGAAACCCGCGAGGACAUUGCCGUGAUCCGCAACUAUGGCAACCUCCUCCUGGAGAUGUCGGCCGUGGUCCCGGACGGCAUCGUGGCCUUCUUCACCAGCUAUCAGUACAUGGAGAACAUCGUGGCCUCCUGGUAUGAGCAGGGGAUCCUGGAGAACAUCCAGCGGAACAAGCUCAUCUUCAUCGAGACACAGGACGGAGCCGAGACGAGCGUGGCCCUGGAGAAGUACCAGGAGGCCUGCGAGAACGGCCGGGGAGCCAUCCUGCUGUCGGUGGCCAGGGGAAAGGUCUCCGAAGGGAUUGACUUUGUUCACCACUAUGGGAGGGCCGUGGUCAUGUUUGGCGUCCCCUAUGUCUACACCCAAAGCCGCAUCCUGAAGGCCCGGCUGGAGUACCUGAGGAACCAGUUCCAGAUCCGCGAAAACGACUUCCUGACGUUUGAUGCCAUGCGCCACGCGGCCCAGUGCGUCGGGCGGGCCAUUCGCGGCAAGACCGACUACGGCCUCUUGAUCUUUGCUGACAAGCGCUUCGCCCGGGCAGACAAGCGGGGGAAGCUGCCUCGCUGGAUCCAGGAACACUUGACGGAGGCCAACCUCAACCUGACGCUGGAUGAGGCCGUGCAGGUGGCCAAGCACUUCCUGCGCCAGAUGGCCCAGCCCUUCCGCCAGGAAGACCAGCUGGGCCUUUCCCUGCUCACCUUGGAGCAGCUGCAGUCGGAGGAGACCCUGCGCAGAGUGCGCGAGAUCGCCCACCAGGUCUGAGGGGCGGUGGAGGCUGCCAGCCACGCCAGCCGUCACGCUCUGCAGGCAGGGACCCCGGCUGGCCGGCCAUCCCUCCACCCAGACUGCGGAGCUGAGCCGGGUAGAGAAGAGAAACGGCCGGGGGGGGCGGGGGACGGACGGAUAAUCCUCUCAGCCCUCCCCCUCCCCCCACUAAUCCUGGAUUUCUGGGCUGAGGUUUUAAUAAAGGGGAGUAGUGUGUUGCUACUCGAGGGAGUUUCUCUGUGUGUGUGCGCAAGAGAGAGAGAACUGGGGGAGGCGUGUGACCCUUUUCAUCCAAGGUCACCUGGGGGCGCUAUAAAGCU